AUGUCGAACCCUGAGUUCUCCCAGAUCUCCGACGAGAUGGCCCGUGUUAAUCCUGGUAGAUGGACGAGGCCUUCUGAUUCUACUAACCCUAACUCCCCCCAGAACUCCCAAGCCACGGACUCUCAAUCUGCACCCAAGGAACUAUCCUUCGCCUCUCAUUCGAACCGCCAUAUGCGCCAUCCCUGGGGUGUACUCGACUUCCAUAUAUACCUCUCACACAUCGAGAGCGGCCGCGACAAGCUCCAUCGCGAGAAAGAGUGCCACCUGAUAGGGAACACCAGCUUCAGGCAAGUUACCCUACACGAUGAGCCAGUCCUUGACGACAUCCCAUCCGGCACAAACCCGACAGUAGUCUUCGUCAGCCUUCCCGUCCCCAAUACGCAGAACGAAUCUAGCAACGCUAGGUUGGUGCUCGGCUUCGACAUGAGAUCCGACCGCUUGCAGGGUUUCUUCGUUGAGUCUGAGUCUCCGAUUGAGAACUACGAGGAACUUUGGCAGGUCUGGAGCCAGGGUGGGGUCGAGCUCGUUAUUGACAUCCCCCUCGAGCGUUUCCUGGCAGUUAUUUGCCAUACUAUGGAGCAAGAGAUUGAGAUCCUGGAGAUCGGCAUCCUGCGCCACUAUGGUCUAACUACGCGCGUAUUCCAGGCUGGCUUCGAUAUGGUUGUUACUGUGCAGUUCUUGCAGUUUGUGGAGGAUUUCGCUGACCUCUUAUCUCGGGAGUUGGAUGAGCUCCGUGACCGCUAUAUUCCCCUGCAGGAUGAUUUGCGGAAUCUACUUGCUACUAGCUCCCGGGAUGCUUGGUUUGGUGUUCGUGAGGGACUCAAUAUCGAGCAGUAUCGCCAGAAGCAGUUGAAAAAGGUUGUUGCUUCCGGUUUGUUCCAUGGACAGAGUAUGCUCACGCUGCGAGACGGGUCUGAGGAGACUCCUCAACAGGAUAAGGUGUCUCGUCCUGUUAAGAUUGUUCCAGACCAUUCAGGUCAGUGGUCGUGGUGGAAUCUGCAGAUUCAGUUUUUGGUAAGUGCUAUAUUUCUUCUUUAUUUCAUUUCUAUCUUCCAGCGCGAGCGGGUCUUGUGUGUGGGGAUGUUUUGA